CUGUGUGCUCAAAAAGGGUAUAAAGUGCACUUAGUAGGCGUUACUUUAUGGUCUAAGUAGUGGACAAGUUUAGGGAGUAUGUAGCAAAUUGAGAUUAAACCAUUCAUAAGACCAAGGCUCAGGGGAGUUGAAAAUGAGCACGCGAAAUGUGGCUCGUUUUUGGGAGUGUGGACGGAAGAUAAUCUGCGUGGGGCGGAAUUACGCAGAACACGCCAGAGAGCUGAAGAACGAGCUGCCCACGGAGCCCGUGCUGUUCCUGAAGCCGCCGACGGCAUACCUGAAGGAGGGCUCUCCGAUCCUGGUGCCGCACUACUCUUCCAAUCUGCACCAUGAAGUGGAGCUCGGUGUGGUGGUGGGUAAAGCAGGCAGAGAGAUCCCCCAGACCUCCGCCAUGGAGCACGUCGCCGGAUACGCGCUGUGCUUGGACAUGACCGCGCGAGACGUUCAGGACCAGUGCAAAGCCAAAGGACUGCCCUGGACUCUCGCCAAAGCCUUCGACACGUCCUGUCCCGUGAGCGACUUCAUCCCCAAAGAACGAAUCCCGGAUCCAGCAGGGGUCGAGCUGUGGCUCAAGGUGAACAGCGUGACUCGGCAGAGAGGCAGCACGGCGCAGAUGAUCUUCUCUGUGCCCUACUUGAUCAGCUACAUCAGCGGGGUCAUGGCGUUAGAGGAAGGGGAUCUCAUACUGACCGGGACGCCCAAAGGAGUCGGAGCCGUGCACGAGCACGACGAGCUUCAGGCCGGUAUCGAUGGUGUCAUCAACAUGACGUUUAAAGUCGGCAGACGGGCUUCAAAACACAACUGACACAAGUUUUCAGUCGUUUUCAGUUGUUUUCGGGUUUAUCCCAGAGAUCAUGUUAUGCAAAAUGACAACCCAGGUUCCAAAAAAAGUUGGGACGCUGUGUAAAAUGUAGCCUAAAUAAACACAGAAUGCAAGGGUUUGCAAAUCUUAUAAACCCACGUUAUUAACAACAGAACAGAAAACAUAUCAAACGUUAAAAGUGAGGAAAUGUACUAUUUUAAGAAAAAAAAGAGGUGAUUUUGAAUUUGGCUGCAACACGUCUCAAAAAAGUUGGAAAAGUAAAGUACAUUUUUAAAAGUCCAUUUAUUUACAUUUUACACAGUGUCCCAACUUUUUUGGAACCAGGGUUGCAUGUAAACAUACACUAAAUAGCUGAAUGUUUGUGGACACCUGAUCAUCACAUCUAUACAGUGUGUUGCCAUGAAGUUGGAAGCACACAAUUGUAUAGGAUGACUUUGUAUGCUGUAGCAUUACAAUUUCCCUUCACUGAAACUAAACCUGUUCCAGCAUGACAGUGCCCCUGUGCACAAAGCGAGCUCCAUGAAGACAUGGUUUGCCAAGGAUGAAGUGGAAGAACUCAAGUGUCCUGCACAGAACCCUGACCCCACUGAACACAUUUGGGAUGAACUGGAACAACGAUCACAGGAUAUUAUAACAGCAAAAUCUGGAACAGGAUGUUCAACAGUCACAUAUGAGUGUUAUGCUCAGGUGUCCACAAUCUUUUGGCCAUAUGGUGUGUCGUGGUGUAAACAUGCAAUCAAAAUAAAACCGUUAAAAACGUAUACUUUUAAACUUUCCUGUAGAUUGUACCUUAAUUUGCUGACUGUUAAGUGCAAGCUACAACUGUAAAACGUACUGCAACGUGCUGUAACGUCACUCUUAAAUGCAAUGAUAGUACUUUAGCACAAUACUGUUAUCUUACAGUAACAUUCAUUCGGUUAUAUAAUAGAAAAUGCACUGUAGAUUACUGUAUAAAAUAUCUACAGUAACGUGUUACAUCCUACAGUGUCAUACUGGCAACUUGAUUAUAUAAAUAAUAAAAUCCAGGGGGGAAAAAAAACGUUUGUUUUAUAUUUUAGUAAAAAAUUUACCAAAGCUUAUUGAACACAGCCGAUUUUCAUUUUUGUUAUUCAGAGAUCAUUAAAUAAAACAGGAAAAAUACAAACCAAUAUUGAAAUGAGAAAAGAAAUAAUAAAAACAUGGUCUGGCACCAACUCCAUGUAGUAUUCCCGCAUCACGCCCCAUGUUUCCUGGAUAACCUCCAGAUCCACCACAAUAUUGACCACCAUAAAGCAAUUACUGAAAAUGAUUGAAUGAAAUAAAGUAAGUAACCUAGCAA